AAUGUUUUUUACGUGAGUCAGACUAUUUUAUUGGGGUGCACCCCGCUAUAUUUAAUCUUCAUUUAAUAUUUUAUAUUAGUAUUUAGUUACUUAAGUUAAAUUAGUCUUAAAUUAUGUGUUAAAUUAUCUAUUAUUUGCGAAAUUUAAAAAAAAAUGGCUUUUGCAAACAGUUCUUCGUUAAAAACUCCUACUGCCCUGGAACAGCUUUUAGAAGAAAUCAAUUUUCAAAGGACAAAAGAAAUGAGGCAGCUAUUAAAAGACGAAUCAGGAUUUGUAAUGCUUCAAGGCACCACAUAUUGGACAGAUUUAUUUGUACGACACUUUCUUUUUCAAAAUGAUCUAACCAUCGACUGUGAUGAUUUGCUCUUCUUCGUUCGAAAAAAACACGUCAAAGGUUCUCCCAGAUAUCUGCCGAAAUUUGAGACUGAAGUAGAUGUAUUCCGUAAAGACAGUAAAAAGUUACCGAUAGGAGACCCCGAUAUCGAUUGGGAAGAAACGGUGUACCUGAAUUUGGUAAUCCAUCAGUUUGAGUACACCCUUACUUUAGCUAUUUGUACUCGCACAAGCCCUAAGGAGCUACAAGUGUUAAAAAGGCAUUCGCAAAAAGUGUUUGCCUCACCGAGCAGAAGAAGAAUGGACACAAAAGGUGACGUCGAGGAAAUGACUUAUCCACAUAUCUGCUUUAUGGUUGAUAACUUUGACGAGGUGUUUCAGGAUAUUCUAGUUAGGGAUGGGGAAAUGGUUUGUGUAGAACUAGUUGCGGCUGAUAAGGUUGGAACUGUGCAAGGAGUUAUUUUCUUGGGGUCAAUUAGAUAUGAUGCUUUAAAAAAAGUUUAUGAUGCAAGGCAAUCAAGUCUCAGUACAAAGAUGGCACAAAAGAUGACCUUCGGGUUAUUUUCCAACGCAGCAUCGCAACGAUGUGAGUUCGUAAGGAUGAAGGGCCCUCAAGGCAAAGGUCACGCUGAGAUGGCCGUAACGAAACCGAAAGGGUCAGGGGUCGAAACGCCCACUUCAGAGCCAGGAUUUUGUGCUACUGAUAUGUGGGAUGAUUCAGAUUGGGAGGAUGAUCAGGAGUAUUGCGUUUACAAAUCAAGAAGAAGAUUGAGCGAUCCAAGUGCAAACAUUAACAGUUUCGUCAGAGGAGGAUGGAGAACGAAACUCGAUGUAAAAGCGAGAUCGGAAAGUGAAGGAUUAGACAAUUGGGAUAAUGGAAUAAGUGAGAUAGAGGCCGGUGACUUACGUGAUGGCCAGACUGGUCCUGCUUCUAACAUCAAACCAACCUGUUGUGGAUGCUUUCAAAGAAGAAAACGAGAUUCAAUAACGCUUCUCGAAAUCUAUAAAAGACCGCCUUGCCUGAAUCCAAGUAAAUGUGCCCUAAAGGCGCCCUUAGGACCUCAUGAACAUAAUUCAGUAUGUAGCGAUAACGUAAACAUUUUACUUAAUCAGUCAGAAUUCGAGGUCGGAAAGGAAAAGAAAAAGAAAUCGAAAACUAGACUCCUAAUUAAAGAUACAUCGAAACCUAGUAAAUACAAUUCCGAAUUUGAGUUUGCUGAUGAUGCCACCAAUUUAAGCAACGAUCUUCCAGAUGAUAGGCCACCAAGUAGAGCCUCUAUAAAAAGCAAUACGUCUCUUGAGAGAUGCACUACAGAAAACCCUUAUAUCACUGUGAAUGGUAAAGAAGAAUUGCCGUGCGUGCAAGAGAUGAAAAAGAAUCGCAUAUCUGAUAAUUCGGUACUAAAUAAAGUUCAUAUUGAGAGAACUGAAGACAAUAUUAAAAACGACAAUGCUAGCGUAACCGUUCCAUUAAUAAAUGGUGUUAAGAGCAAUAAUGAACAGUCCAAUAAUAAGAAAAACAGAAAUUUCGAUGGGAAUUAUAAUAAAUUAACUGUCAAGGAGAUUUAUAGUUACUGUACUCUUCCGAAAAAUGUUAAAAAAGGUACAAAUAAAAGCAAUCAGCAUAAAUCCGUUUUGCUUAAGAAUUAUAUGCCGCCUAAGAGAGUUACUCCGGAUGGUACUAGUAUUUAUUAUUGGUGCGAUAUCAAUAGGAAACAACUAAGUGAACUGGGAGACGGUGCCUACAAUCCGCUAUGGACGAUGAGAGGUUUCACUCAGACGUUUCACUUUUGGAAAGAAAAUAAAAGGGCACAGUCUGUUCCAUUAAACGCCUUCCUAACAUAUGUUACGUUGCCUUGGUGGAGUAUAGCAAAAGAUAUUUUAGAUCACAGAGAAAACCCUAUACUAACUUUCUAGUAGUUGCAAAGGAAACGAAGAAACGAUAUGUCAUAAGUGUGUUUUAAAGUAAUUUUUAUAUUUUAAUUAUUUAAAUUAAUUUUACAUUUUUUAUAAAUAAUUAUAUACUUAGGUUUAAAAAUGUUCUUAUUAAAUAAGGCUUAAUUACUAAGUGCUGUCAAAUAUUUAUUAUUUCAUUAAACGGAACGAACGAUUUUUAGAAG